GUCAAUUGCAGUUGAUUUCUUUCAGUAACUAACGAAAAAGACAAAAAAUAAAGAUUCAUUCCAUGGAAUAUUACAGAAAUAUCCCACAUCCCCUCCCUUCCUCCCUCCAUUCAUACAUAACAAAAUCCCUACUCAAGCCAUCUUCAUCCAUCUCUUAUUUUCUUUGACACUUUCAAUAUCAUUUAUUGUGUAGUAGGUAGCUAUCUAGUCCCUACCUAUCAAUACCAAAUCCAAAUACUCCACCAUUCCGUCCCUCCCGCAUAAUCCGGAUCCUACCCUUUCCACCAUUUCCUUACGUUAAUUAAUAUUUCACGCUGUACUUGAUCCAGUAAAGCUUUCUUCAACAAUCGUCAUAGUCUCUUAGCUUCUUCACCAGUGAUAACUCGGUCUUGUGUUGGUCAAGGAAGGUAACUUAGGAAAAGGCAUCAUUGGAGAUUUGACAUCCUUGGAGUCAUCACCGAUCAUCAUCGUCACACGAAUUACAAACUGGAUAGCGUAGAGCUUAUUCACAGCUCUCAUAUACAUUAAACUCCCUCUCCCUGAGACUUUGCUUCUUCAUCAAUUUACUCUUUUAUAUCGACAAACAGCUUUCGUAUCAAAAGCUCUCAAGACAGAAAUAUCAACAUAUACCCUUCUCGCCCCAUUCAACACCACAAAAUCAUUUCAAAAUGUUUUCACUACCACAAUUCGUUUUGAGGUUUCUCCAGUUUAUCUGCGUCCUCAUUGCCCUCGCUCUCGUCGCUGCGGCCAUAGAUGACCAGUUUUUCGGCAACUCAAGUGUGAACUGGGCCAUGUUUGUCGCCGUUUUCUCGAUGAUUGUUGUUUUCUAUGGAAUGGCAGCCGCAUUUGUAGAGUCGCUAGCACAGCCCAUGAUCCUGGGUGCUAUGGACGGUCUCGCUACCCUUUUUAACUUCAUCGCUGGUGUUGUUCUUGCCGCCAGACUCGGUGUACACAGCUGCAGUAACAGAAGGUACCUCAUCAGCAACAGCCUGACACAAGCAAUGGGAGGAAGAUGCCGGGAGCUCCAGGCUGCCACCGCAUUCUUCUGGUUCGCUUUUGCUUUGUUCGCUGCGUCCAUCGCCAUGGAUUUCAUAGGUGGAGGUUCCAGCAUGGCUCGUCGUAGCAAUGUUCGCAAAAGCGCACCAACCAUGUCCCAAGUAUAAGCAACGAACUGGCAAACAAUGGAUCAAGUGGCAACGAAAGCUUACUACUCGCGGUCAGGGUAAUAGGAUAACAAGUAGGGCUGAAUGCCCAUUUUGAAUUGCGUUCAAGCGCAAAGCUAUGCAAACGAUGUUUAUGUCUUUACGAGUUUAGCAUAAGAAAGGCAGAAGGGGUUUUGGACGCUGUCUUUUGCUGUGUACAAUAUGUUCGGGAAUAUGGACUUAAUAAUACCAUACUUAAUAAUAAAUAAAUGUAUUCGAUGUCUUA